AAAUAAGUUAGUGUGGCGUGGGAAGAAGUUGGAAUAUCGUGAGAAAUGGUUGGCUUAGGAUGCAUAGCAGGAGUAGGAGUUCACCCCAGCUGGCACCAUGAUCGAGUUCGAAUCCUUGCUUCUAAAUCUGAAGAACUAACACUAAAAAGGUGGUGGUCGUGGUCGUUGUUUCCUUCUGCUUCUGCACACGAGACUCAUCUGUGUCGAAUUAGGGCGAGGCGUCCGCGUUGUGUGCCUGAUAAUAGAGAAGCUGGGGCUGGAAAGGAAGCGGAAGAAGAACAACAACUAGAGUUAGAAUGGAAGCUCCUCACCAGAAGGAUUGGCGAUUCCGGAAUAAUAUCUUCAUGCUUGGUCGGUCUCCUCACCGGCGUCGCUGUCGUGCUCUUCAAUUAUGCUGUUCAUGAAAUUCGUGAUUUGUUCUGGGAUGGGAUUCCCAAUCGAGGCGCCUCAUGGCUGAGAGAAGCGCCUAUUCAGACAACAUGGGCACGUGUAGUACUAGUUCCGGCUUUUGGAGGCGUUAUUGUGUCUCUGCUAAACCUCCUUCGUCAACGUUUUGAUUCCGCUGUCCUAGAAGAUCCUUUCCUCCAAACUCCAUCUUCCAACCUCAAGUCUGCUUCCCGCCCUUUCUUAAAGGCCAUGGCAGCUUCUGUUACUCUAGGCACCGGCAAUUCCUUGGGUCCAGAGGGUCCCAGUGUCGAUAUUGGUACUUCCAUUGCCAAAGGCCUCCGUCCUUUCUUUGACAAUGGAAAGAGUUCCGGCAGAAUGCUUUCCCUUCUCGCUGCUGGAUCUGCUGCUGGCCUCUCUGCCGGUUUCAAUGCUGCCGUUGCUGGUUGUUUUUUCGCUGUCGAGUCUGUCUUGUGGCCAUCAUCUGCAGAUGCAUCUUUACCACUUACAAAUAAUACUUCCAUGGUGAUACUUAGUGCUGUCAUAGCAUCUGUAGUUUCUGAGAUUGGCCUUGGCUCUCAACCUGCCUUUAAAGUUCCUGAGUAUGACUUCCGGUCCCCCGGUGAGCUCCCGCUGUAUCUAUUGCUGGGUAUUUUAUGUGGUCUGGUGUCAUUGGCCCUAUCUAGAUGUACAUCAUAUAUGUUUACUAUUGUUGACAAUCUGCACAAGGCCACUGGCAUUCCACGAUCUUCAUUCCCUGUAUUGGGAGGCUUAUCAGUUGGGUUGAUAGCAUUGAUAUAUCCUGAAAUCCUCUACUGGGGUUUUGAGAAUGUUGACAUUUUAUUAGAAUCUCGGCCAUUUGUUAAAGGCCUUUCCACUGACCUAUUGCUUCAGCUAAUAGCUGUCAAGAUAGUUGCAACUUCUCUAUGCAGGGCUUCUGGAUUAGUGGGAGGGUAUUAUGCCCCGUCUCUCUUUAUUGGUGGUGCAACUGGGAUGGCUUAUGGAAAAUUAAUUAGUUUGGCUGUUGCUGAGUCUAAUCCCACAAUUAACCUCUCUGUGUUGGAAGUGGCAUCACCACAAGCUUAUGGCCUGGUUGGAAUGGCAGCGACUCUUGCAGGAGUUUGUCAAGUACCACUUACUGCAGUUUUGCUUCUGUUUGAAUUGACACAGGACUAUCGGAUUGUUCUACCACUUCUUGGAGCAGUAGGCUUGUCGUCAUGGAUUUCAUCUGUACAGACAAAAAGAGGAGAUGAUGGAGGGGCAAAAAAAAUUGAGUUAGAAAACUCAAAUUCUCCUUUACUUCCAGAAACAUCUUCUCGUAGUUCAAUUGAGUCAUCUGCUGGUAAUACCUUUGCUGAAGAUGUGUCAUAUUUGAGUGAUUUGUGUCAAGUGGAAAGUUCACUUUGUGUAGAGGAUGAUAAUGUUGAAACAACAUAUUUUGUAAGGAGAACAUUUGUUUCAGAAGCCAUGAAGACGAGAUAUGUGGCGGUUUCAAUGUGCACACCGCUUAUAGAAGUAAUAGAUCUCAUGCUUGCAGAGAAACAAUCUUGUGCAGUAAUUGUUGAUACUGAUGAUACUUUAAUCGGUUUUUUGACGCUUAGAGACAUUCAAGAGUAUGGUAAAUUUGCAAAAGCAAGAAGCACAAAACAUAAGGAGCUUUUAGUUUCUGAAUUUUGCCUUUUAAAUGGAGAAAUAUGCAGCGUGCCAUGGACAGCUACACCUGAUAUGGAACUUCAUUAUGCUCAAAUGAUUAUGAAGGAGCGCAGAUUCAAUCAUGUUCCUGUUGUGAGGAAUAUCUAUGAAAGAACAUAUCCAGUUGGCAUUAUAGACCCAGAGAGUAUCAGUCUAACAUGCAGUGCUUUGGCCACCAGACAGUCCCUCAGCUAAUAUUUCACACUGACUUAAUCACCGUUAGGAGGCUGAAGACUCUUUCUUGGCACUAUAAUAUCUGCCUUUAACACGUCAAGUUAAAUCCUGUCACGUUGGUUUCGUGGGUGUACGUAAAAAAAGGUUCAGUGGAGUUCAUGUGUAUAGUUAUGUUCGAUGAAAGUAAAUGUAGUUCCCCAAGAGAGAACCCUUGUAAUUUGAUAUAGCACGUAUUGUCUGAUAUUUAAUUUGCAGUGAUCAAUUUGGUACUGCAAUAUAAUAGUAAUACCACCAUGACUUUGCAAUUUUCAAUAUAAUUUCAAUUUUCAAUAUAAAA